CGCAGCAUCAGCCCGGUCAGAGGCAGCAGAGUGUCGGGAACUCCAGCAGCUCCUCUCUAUAUAUUUCCACUGAGGCUCUGUUUUUGGGAUUCAUUCAUCCCCGUCAGAGCUGCUGCUCGGUCCGCCCGGACAGGAUCUCCUCUUCCAUCCACCCGUCCAUCCACCUAUCCGUGUUCACCUCCCCCUCUGCCCAGAGGUGCGCAGCGUCCGCAUCUGCACCUCAGAAGGUCAGACACAUUAUUUUCGAUCAUCGGACCUGUCAACUUUUUUCUUUCUUGUUUUCCUCUCUUUCCCCCCCAUUUCUGUCCUCUUGAUUUCAUCACCGGGGGAAUUACUACUGAAUUCAGCGGUCACCGGUGAGUCGCCCUGCCGGUGUUUUCUCGUGAGGCGAAAUCCCCGCAAUAUACAGGCGUGGAAGCGAUCAGACUUGUGGUCAGGCCAAGAGGUCUGAUAUAUUAGCAGCUGAGGGAAUCCUUUUAAGGAAGCUCGUGUUUCCUGAGAAGCUGCUUCCUGGAUGGAGGAUGUUUGGGGCUGACCUCGGAGAUCACUGACUGGCUCGCUGAGCUUCUCUCGUCACAGCUGCUGUCAUGGCCAAAAGCCCGGAGGUGAAGCUGGCCGUCUUCGGCAGAGCCGGGGUGGGAAAGUCAGCUCUGGUGGUGAGAUUUCUGACCAGACGCUUCAUCUGGGAGUAUGACCCCACACUUGAAUCAACAUAUCGUCAUCAAGCCAAUAUCGACGAUGAGGCUGUCACCAUGGAGAUUCUCGACACUGCAGGCCAGGAGGACAUCCAGCAGAGGGAGGGUCACAUGCGUUGGGGUGACGGCUUUGUCCUUGUGUAUGACAUCACGGAUCGGGGAAGCUUUGAGGAGGUGGGGCCGCUCCGAAGCCUCCUAGAGGAGGUGAAGAAACCGAAGAACGUUCCUCUGGUUCUGGUGGGCAACAAGUCUGACCUGGACCACGUCCGGCAAGUCGGUACAGAGGAAGGAGAGCGGCUGGCAGCCGAAAUGGCGUGUGCCUUCUACGAAUGCUCUGCCUGUGCCGACGAGGGCGGCGCUGUGGCCGAGGCGUUCCACGAGCUCUGCAGAGAGGUGAGACGCCGCAAAGCUGUUCAGGGAAAAGCCAGACGCCGCAGCUCCACCACUCAUGUCAAACAGGCCAUCAACAAGAUGCUGACCAAGAUCAGCAGCUAGGGAAGAGCCAUGCUACCGCCUGAUGACAGGAACAAAAAUUGCUUUUCUCGCUGAAAUGUUUUGGACCAUCAGUGGACGAUGACUGAUUUAAGUGUGAAAUGUGUUCUUCUGUUAUUCUCUAAUUGUUAUUCGAUGAAAAAAAAUAAAAUCCAAGUGCACCGUCUUUUCAGGCUGUAAGAGACAGCUAAUGACACUUGGCUUGGGAGCCAUAAAAGAUGAUUUCUCAUUAAUAAAAAACUGAAAUGCUUUUGGAUUGAGAUGACAGACAUUGAUGAGUCAUGUCGACUAG